AUGAUCUCACCUACUGUCAAUAAACCAGGCCAGCCAAUAUGUAGACUGCCUGUGGACUUCUGUGGCACAGGGCCCAAUUUCUGUUAUGAUCUUAGCACCAGUCUGGAUAACAAUCAUCAGAGCCAUGUGCUAAGGGUCUCCCUGGCUGUGAUCAGGACUAGUGUGGCAGACAGAGUGUUGGACUACUCCACAAGUUCAGAGGCUGUCAGGGACACUAGGGGUGUAACACUUAUGGAUAUGAAUGAAGAUGGAAUGCUCAAUAUUCUGGCACAGAUGACAGGAGCACAAGCCAAGAGGACACCAUUGUUCAUACAAAACAACCUCAUUUGUGAUACAUUCUUCCUUAAGUGGUUCUCAUUUUGCCCUUCAGCACAAGUUGCUCUGGUGCUUUGCACAAACCUAGGCAUAGAUGUUGGAAGUAACAACAUGAAUGUCACAAACAUGCCAUUGACUCUACUAUGUGAUGACAAGAGAAGCAGCUUCAUCAAUGGCUGUGCCAAUCCAACUGCACCAGCACUGCUCCUGUUGAUACUUGUGGCCAUUCUCAACCAAAUGAUUCUCAAAGAGUUCAUUUACAAUGGCAGAUGCAUAAUUGCAUUUGAUGACUUCAGUUGUCUGGGUGCACUGUCUCUCAGUCAAAUUGGCAAGAACUAUCUGUUUGCCCCUGGAAUGACCUGCAAAUCAGUUUUAAGAAUCUCUGCAGAUGAUUGUCUAUUCAAGAAAGUUUUGUCAAUCCAACACCCAACCUCCAUUUUUAACAUUGUCCUUGGCAACUUCACACAUGAUGGGAAGCUAGACAUUCUGGUCAUGAGUAAAGAUGCACAGUGGGACACUCUAAGCAUGGCCCUCUAUGAGGGUAAUCAUGACAGAACUUUUGGUGCAUCUUUCUCAAAUUUGAAUUGGUUGUAA